AUGGGGCGGCCGCGGUGGCCCGGCUGGGGAUCCCGUUGUCCGUGGUUCAGGCGCCCCACGGUGGGUUGGGUCACUGCUGCGGCGGCCGUGUGCCUGCUGUCGCCGCGGACCGGCGAGGGGCCGAGCUCCAGGGUGGCCCCGGCGAGGGAAGCGUUCGCCUCCCCAUUUGGGGCCGCCGCCCCGGGCGGCGCCGCGGAUCUGCGGCCGCCGCCCACGCCCUCGGAGGCAUGGUGGCCGCUGUGGCCGGCGCUGCCCGUCGCGCCCUACGAGCGCAGGCGGACGCUGCUGGUGGAGUACAUUCCAGGCGAAGUUUGGGGGCUCGAGCAGAAGAUCGGCCUGCUGUACGUCCACGUGCCCAUCCGCAUGACCGUACUGAGGCUGGAGGCAGGUGGCCUCCUGCUCUACAGCGCCGUGGCACCCACGGACGAGUGCAUGUCGCUCUUGCGCGGUCUGGAGGAGAGAUACGGCCCUGUGAAGUACAUCGUGCUCCCCACUGUGGCGGUCGAGCAUAAGACCUUUGCUGGUCCGCUGGCGCAGCGCCUGCCGGACGCCGAGGUCUGGAUCGCGCCCGGGCAGUACGCGGUCCCCCUCAACCUGCCGCUGGCGUUCCUGGGCUUCCCCCUCGGCCGGGUUCGCGAGCUGCCCGGCCGCGGGCCCUCCCGCGAGGGGCUGCCGUGGGGGCGCGAGCUGGAGCACAGAGUGCUGGGGCCCGUGGGCAAGGACGUCGACACUGGCGCGUUCUGCGAGGCGGUUUUCUACGUCCCGCGCUUGCGGCUUCUGCUUGUGAACGACCUGCUCGUGUCGGUCCCCCGCGACCCCCCGGCGAUCCUCCGGGAGGACCCGCGGCCGCUGAGCCCGGAGGGGGAUGCCACGGCCUUCGCGGACGCGGCCAAGUCGCGAGCACCAGAGCUGGGCUGGGGGGGCCUGCUUCCCUGGACGUACCGGGCCGACUGGCGGCAGGCUUUCGAGGCGGUGUCCGGGGGCGUGCUGGUGCCCCCGAUCCUCCAGGAGCUGGUGCUCAAUCGUGGCCAGGAGGACUCGAGGACCCUGCGCACCUUUGUGGAGGAGGUGUCGAGGUGGCCGUUCACGACCAUGCUGUCCGCGCACUUCGAGGGGCCCGUGCCCUGCGGGCCUGGCGACUGGACCAGCGCCUUCCGACGCUUCCUCGACGCCCCGGUGCUGCCGUUCGGCACGCUGGGCCCACGUCCUCGCGACGUUGACGCAGCAUUCCUGAGGGAGCUCGGCAACAGCCUGGAGGCCCAGGGCGUCAUUCUUCCCGCCGCAGAGAAGCCUGUGACCCUGGUGUGA